ACGAUACAAAUAUAAUUCAAGUUGAACAUCAAGGAAAUGGAAGGAAGUUCUUCUAGUUCAAGAGGUAAGGCCAUGCAAGGCAAGGAAGAGAAAGGCAAAGAGGAAGUUCGGUACCGGGGUGUCCGGAGGCGGCCUUGGGGAAAGUUCGCAGCUGAAAUACGCGAUCCCUCGAGGCAGGGAGCGCGCUUGUGGCUCGGAACAUUUGAUAACGCUGAGGCCGCAGCCCGAGCUUAUGACCGUGCCGCCUUUAGGUUUAAGGGUCAUCUUGCAAUAUUGAAUUUCCCAAAUGAGUACUACUCUCAACUGACUAUUCCUCCUUAUAAUCCAGCAUUUACUACAUUUUCAUCCUCGUCCUUGUCCUCGUCUUCAUCGUAUUCUUAUCCAUCAGCAGCAGGAGAAGAGAAGAUUGAGUUGGAAUAUUUGGAUAAUAGAGUUUUGGAAGAUCUUCUUGAAUCCUCAGAACAGAAGAAGAAAUCAAAGAAAGAUUGAGAUUUUUAAACAGUCUUCUCUUUCAUUUUACCGUUUUCUAAUUGUGGUUUUCAAGAUUUUUGUCUUAUGGUUCGUGGGGAGAAUGUGAUGGAGAAUGAAAAGUACUUUAUCUUGUAACUUUCUGCUUAAUCUUUGUCUAUGUAAAGCCAAAACCCUGAAAAUGUAAAAGGAUUUGCCAGCAAAUGGAAG